GCAGUCACGGGAGGAUGCAUAGGUGGUGGGUGAUGGCGGUGAUGGUGGUGGGGGUGAUCGUCCCCGCACUGGGGGACUGGACCGCCUCGUGUCCUCAGUCCUGCCAGUGCACUUACGUCUCUAACAGGAAAGUGGCCAAGUGCGAGGCGAGCGGCUACUCGACUUGUUGUUGCUUGAUGCUGCUGGUGUUGUUGCUUGAUGCUGCUGGUGUUGUUGGACUUGUCAACCUGCAGAAGUUAGACGUGUCAUCGAACCAAAUCUCGUAUGUGGACAAAGACGCUUUCUUCGGCCUCCACAUCCUGACGCACCUCAACCUGGACCACAACAGGGUGGAUAAGCUCCAUUUAUCCACUUUUUCUAACAUGGAGAAACUGAGGGAGCUUGACUUGAGUAACAACGAACUCAGUCGUCUGGAGGCCAAACAGUUUCCUUCGCUGCCGCACCUCCAGAAGCUCAAACUCAACAAUAACGACAUCAAUUUCAUCAAUAAUCUGGCUUUUGCUAACCUCCCCAACAUCACAACCAUUGAGCUUGCUGGCAACAAACUGCAACGCGUUGAUGCAGCGUUGUUUGCGUCCAGCCCUCGUCUGGUGGCGUUGGAGCUCGGCAACAACGCUUGGCAUUGCGACUGCCGCAUGAGGGAGUUCGCUCGCUGGAUGUUAGCCUCCAACGUCUUCAGAAACACGAACUGGAAUUGCUUCUCCCCGGACCGUCUACAGAACAUCCAUUGGGCAGACGUCCCUCUGGAGGACUAUGCUUGCGACCCUGUCAUCAGGACCUCUAAAGACAUCGUGCUGGUAUCAGUGGGCCUUCAUGCCACACUCGAGUGCUGGGCCCAGGGUGACCCCACCCCUUCCCUGAAGUGGGUUGCUGAGCGCAAAGUUCUUUCAAACAUGACCACCAUCGGUGAGACCUCCGACCACUACGCGGUGAUAACCUUGCAGAACUCAACGGGCGUGCACUCAACUCUCGACUUGGGUAUCUACGGCACGGCUCACCCUACAACGUAUAAGUGCAUUGCCACUAACCCCGCCACGAGUGUGGAGAGGACCAUUGAGGUAGUGGUGGGUUCUGCAGACCAGCUUGACGAAGCCGUCACAGCCGGACCCCAGUUGUGGGUGCUCAUUACGGUUGGCGCGGUGUUAAUUGUGCUGCUGAUAUUGCUUAUCAUACUAGUGAUUGGCUGCUGCUUGUGCAGACGAAGACAAGCCACGCCUCGUGAUAAGAGCAACGGUCCUGACAAUGGCAAUAUUAUGAUUGUGCCGCCCUCUAGCACCGUCAAUCCGAUCGUUAAGCCCAUGCGCCAAUAUGAGAAGCUACCCCAGAACGACAUUGAGAUGACCAACGUGACGCACUCGCAAGACAAGAGCUUCGACGACGAGCUCAACUACUCGACAAACAACCGAUCCAUCUAUGUUGAUCGAUCACGGUUACCCGCUGUAGUUGAGGAGGGGGCAAUUAUGGGGCUCUACUCUUCCCUGCCAUAUCACGUUCCUCAGGCGCCUUCCCCUUCUUUCACUAUACAGUCGAACAUGACACAAACCACCACUACCGCUCAGUACCCUGAUAUUCUUGACAAUGUUGGAGUACCACGUACCAUCUCUCCGACACAGGUUUCGUACCAGAGCCUUGCCUACCCUACUCUUGCCCCAGACUGGAGGUUCAGCUACGCGCAUCCCAUGGAUUACAACGGGACGGAGUAUGCCCCCGAAUUCAGCCGCUCCCCUGUUUCGUACAGCACUCCUCAGCACCAGCGUCCAGGCUACGUCACUUUGCCACGUAGACCAAGGGCUCCUUCGUGGAGUGGCGUACCACGAGGCAACCCACUCAUUGUACCCAACCCUUUGUUGAGUACUGCUUCACCUACACGCUACGCCAUCUACGAUACCCUUGGUCCACGUACCACAGCUGACGGCACCUCGACCACGGACCUCACGAGACCGGGGUCACGAGCAGCGCUUUACGAACCCUUGCCUCCUGUAGGCACCCUCUCACCCACUUCCCCCAGUGCCCUUGCCGCCCAUUACACGAUAAUGGCCGCCCAAAAACCCACCAGACGUGCUGGUGCGUCUCAGACGCUCCCGAGAUCAACGCCCAACCUCCUAGACGACUCGCUGCGAUCUCACAGGCGACGUCCUGUUGAUGUCCACAGCCCCUUGGGGAAAGCGAGCGAAAUAGAGCCCUUGAUCGAAGACCCCAAUCUCGGAAUUCCUUAUGAGCCAUCCCUCAACUGUACAUCAGACGACGAUGUUUUCAGCCCUGGACUUGAGGGAAACCUCAACAACAAUAAUAAUAACUUCAAAAACAACUUCAACAGCGCCAAAUAUGGCACUACGAGCAACAAUACUCAUAACCCGGAGCGGGUGGAUGAGGCACUCUUAACCCCGCUGGCAGCUUCACCGUCUCAUUCAAAUAAGUCUUCAAACCGGACACUGAACUCCUCCAUGUCACCCUCGCCUGUCCCCACUCCUACACAGAUCUUAUCUUCAGCAGAUAAGGCGCCCGUUGAUGAUAUGAAACACCCACUGGAUACUUUCUCCCCCUCCAUUUCCUCCAAGAACCUUCCUACGGGCACGAACGGGUACUCAUCAGCGGGCUCCAUGUCUUCAGGCUUCUCGGAAUCAAGGUCCCCCAUCUCCCCCACUCUUAUGAGCGGUGACAACUACGGACCGCCCAAGAAGAAGGUUCCUCCCAAACCGCCCCCUAAGCCAUCCAAACGCCUGUCUGUGGCGUCCACGUCGAGUGACGCAAGCCUCGUGGUCAGACAGUCUUCUAUCCAGUACGAAGACAACGGCCUUGACGGCUCGGAAGUGUAAAGAUACACAAAUACUUAUGGUGUCCAGAAGUAAGGACUCGCAUAGUAUGGAGGUUCAUACGUAAAAAGUGUGUAUAAAAUCAAAGAACAGACUGCUGCUCCCACAUGCUAGCGAUAUUAUGCAUGGAAACUGCAUGAAGGCUCUGAAGUUUGAGAAGUAACGUGUGUGGAAAAUUUAACUUCACAGAUUCGAGCAAUGAACACAAAUGACAUUAAGGUGAAUGAGCGUGUUGUUAACUAUGAACGAGCUGCGGGCUUUUUAGUACUUCUAACGUGAAGUCUGUUUAUCUAUUUGCAUUAAAAACUUCAAUAUCCGAAGAAUGGUGCCGAUUGUGCAUCGUGGGUAUAUUCAAAUUUUAUAAUGAAAGCAAUUCUUCGAACUGAUCUCUUUUAACGAUCUAUCCCUCGAAUGGGAAGUUGGAAGUGGAAACAAGGAAUGCAUUUCUCACAUGGAGAGAAAUAAAUGGUAUUUUUGCAAAAUAUUUUUGUAUUGAGCGCAUUUAGGUACAUCGUGUAUUAUGUGUUUUAUAUUCCUACCUAGGGGCGUGAAGUGUGUUAUUCCCCACCCUCGAUAAAGAUGAUGUUAGCGACUAUGCUCACUAUGAUGGUAGUGAUGUUGAUAGCGGUGAUGUUAGCGAUGAUGUAUCUGUGAUUCGUCCUACGUACCAAGUAGGCAUUUUUCCGCGUGUCUUUGAUAAGGGAUGACAGUUCCUGGUAACGCUUUUAUUUUUAGAUUUUGCUUGUAGGUAAAAACAAGAGCUACAAGACUUUUUCGAAAAUAUAUUGUGUAUGCUAUCCUUCUAUUUUGUUACAUUGAUUGAACGCUGGAGUUUCGUAUGCUCUGUUUUUGUAACUUGAACAACUUAUCUUAGUUUUGUUGCUGUUGGCAUACUAUCUUUAGGCACCUAGUCUGUUAUGUGCGUGUAAAACGUACGGUAGUAGCUUUACAUGUUGUCGUUUCAUAGUAAAUUUGGUACACGAGCUUUCGGCGACUAAAACGAAAUCUGAAGAGCAAGUCUGUCAGGAAGCAGACUACUGCUGCUGCUCCCCGUGGCACAGACUGUUGCUUUCCGUACCACAUUCGGUUUUAUCUUUUGCUGCAGCUUCCACUAUAGAAUUCAUAGGCUCGCAUAAAAAUUUAAGCAUUAAUAAAUGUUUUACGAAUUAAACCAAAAGUGUUAAAGUUCUAUCGUGUUGAAGAAGUAUUCUGCUAACGUAUGAUUCGUCUAUAUUUGUUACUGCAAGCUAGCAGCAUUGACUAGACGUGAGGUAUAUGAAGCUUCGACUUGCCUUUCAGCUUAAUUUGUAAUGGAGUUUAUUUUUUCUCUUCUUUUACUAUCAGUGUCGUCAUUAAUUUAGAGAUAGGAUGAGUGCCUGACGAUAUAAAUAAUGAGGAAUUAUUGAUGAGUUAGUUCGCUGAUAUUUUAAGAAGAGUACGGAAGCAAUGUUAGAGGUCAUCCGCCAGGCAUGGUCGUGACGUUGUCAGUUGUGCUACCGGCUUAGUAUCUUGCAUUCGAUUAGACUGUGUAUAGAUUUAUACGCGUUUCUAGAGUGUUGACUAGAACCUUUUGUAACUGUAAUGCGACCAAACUUUGCAAUAAAGGAUUUGGUACAA